AUGGGUUCAACAACUCCGAUAACAGGUACAAAGGGAAUGGGAGAGGAUCAGAUACCGGUCUCGUUGCCUUGGAUUAAAACUCCGUUGGUGAGAUCGGCGGCUUUGUCGAGGGAAGCUGGUUGUAAUGUUUGGCUUAAAUUGGAGAAUUUACAACCCUCCGGCUCCUUCAAAUCCCGGGGCAUCGGCAAUCUUCUCCUACGCUCCCUCCCCGCCUCUCCCCACACCCCCGUCCACUUCUACUGUUCCUCUGGCGGCAACGCCGGACUCGCCUGCGCCCACGCCGCCCUCUCCCUCAAUCGUCCCUGUACCAUCGUGGUCCCCAUGCUCACCUCCGCCCACAUGAUAUCCAAGAUCAAACUACUCCACGCCGAGGUCGUGCAAACCGGAAACCACUGGAGCGAAGCCGAUAGAUAUUUACGCGAAGAGCUGUUAGCGAAUGAUAGCACAGGUGUCUACGUACCACCCUUUGACCACGCGGAUAUUUGGGAGGGAAAUAGAGGUGUAGUGACGGAAAUCGAAGAAGAGGUGCGCGGAUUGGGGAUUAACAGUUUGGAUGCACUGGUUUGUAGUGUAGGGGGUGGAGGGCUGUUUAAUGGCAUUAUGCAGGGUUUGUAUGAUAGCGGUCGAUUGGGUUAUCAGGGAACGAAGGUUAUAGCGGUGGAGACAGAGGGAACGGCUAGUUUUCAUGCGGCGAUGAAGAGCGGCGAAUUGGUGAGGUUGGAUGGCAUCGAUAGUAUUGCGACGUCGUUGGGGGCCACGCAGGUGGCGGCUAAGUCGUUGGAGUGGGGAUUGAAGUAUAGGAAGAAUGUGAGGAGUGUGGUUUUGGGAGAUGCGGAGAGUGUCAAAGGCAUGGUGUGGAUGGCGGAUGAGGAGAGAAUACUAGUAGAAAGCGCAUGCGGCGUAAGUGUCGCAGUAGCCAUUAACGGGAUCUUAAAGGAGGUACUAGAGGAAGACGGACAAAGUAUCGAGGAGAAGAACGUAGUGAUUGUAGUUUGUGGAGGAAGCAAUAUCUCACUGAAGAUCUUGGGGGAAUAUAGAGAGAAAUUCGGUGUUUGA